GAACAAAUAAUCCACAUGGCAAGUUUGAAAGAGUCCAAUAUCUGGUAGCUCAUCAAAAGGCAAGCAGGGCGGAGGGUAAAGGCGGGGGGAGGAUUGGCCCGCAAAAGGAGAAUCCCCAACCGGAGGCCCAACAAAGUCCCAUUUUGGCGUUUGUUUUGUGAAGGGGCCGAACGGUUGAAAAUUCCACCCGACUCGGCGACUCCUUCUUUUUACGAUCAGCACGACGGAAGAAUUCCAAAAAGUGCUAUCGAAAUGACCUUGAACCCCAAAAGGAAGAAAAAAAACCUUCUGCAUUGCAGUUCGAUUUCUUUGGUAGUGACUCACGGCUGAGGACUUUAAAAAAAAAAAAAAAGGUUUCUACGCUCGGAGAACAGCGCAAAAAAAACGAACAAGACAAAAAAGAAGGCUGUUUGUUAAAAGUGCCGGUUGGGAGGCACGUUGACUUUAUGAAGAGGUCAAAAAAAAAUAUCAAGUUGAUAUGCAGGGUCAACCCUUGCCUUUGGAAUUGUCUUCCAUCUCGUAGACCAUAGCCCUUUAGCAACCUAGCAAAGUCCAAGCAACUGGCAAAGAGUCAAAUGCAUUUUGGACUCGGCCACCGCAAAAGCCAAGCACCAGAACCUGAUGCUCAGCGCGCUCACUCACUACCUCGACGCCUCAGGUCAUUUCUACCCAAAGUCCCAUCACCUCUUCACUUUGAAAUAAAACCCAAACACUGCCAAAGACGGAGUUCUGUACACUCUACAGACUCGAAAACGUCUGAUAAACGCUUACGCGAACCACGGAGGUCCUUGUCUGACGGACAACUUAUCGUUCCAAAAGCAGCGAGCAAUAGAGCAGAUGACCAGCGACGCACCACAAAGUCUUUACCACGGAAAGUGGCGCCCCAAACAACAAGGUCCAUUCCUUCUUCCUACCAGCUCAAGGGUUUUGCGGCCUUGUUCGCUGGCUUGGAGCUGCUAAGUGACUCUAUGGACCCUACCGGGAAGACGUUGGAAAGCUUGCUGGAAAGCGGAAACAUUGUCGGGUUGUACCUAGCGGGCGGCUGGAGCGAACCAUGUCGGCAUUUCACCCAACAAUUGACAUCCUUUUUCAGCAACAAUAAUCAAAACUUUACCGUCGUAUAUGGUUCACUAGACCGCACACCAAGUGAACACGCCAACCACCUCUAUGACACGGGAUUCCUUUCAUUACCUCAUGAACCGCCAUCGUCAGUAUCACCUCAAGGUACCUUAUCCAAAACAGAAAAAGUGCUACGAUCGCUAAAUAUUGAAGGAAUUCCGAAACUGUUAAUACUGGGUAAACAUGGAGAGAUGAUUACGAUGCAUGGGCGUUGUGUCGUGCAGUGGGGUGGGGAGGGUGCCGUAGAUGCUUGGCGGAGGGGUGAAACCGGCCUGUACUCUUGUUUCGUCAAGACGUUCAAGUUUUGGUGAUGUAUUUCCAUAUUACUGUACAAAUAUUAUUUAAUGAUUUAGCGCGAAGCGUUUUAAUACACCCUGAAAGAUAUUUGGUUUUGAC